AUGUCUACUUCCAUGGCGGCCACGGCAUUGAGCGAUCAGGCCCUCAUCACAGCAUCUCCAACACUUGAUAUGCCAGCACCCAGAGGCUCUGUUGGUAGCCUGACCGCCGUGCCUUCCGACAAUAAGCCCAUCUCAACGAUCGAUGGCGCAGACAGUCUCAUCACAGACGGUCCAGACGCACCUUCCGGUCAAGUCUCGAGUGCUGACGGCCUACCUGGUUCGCCCAACGGAUCGCCGUCUAAAGGACUCUCUUUCGAAGACAAACUCGGACUUGGUCUAGGUCUUGGCCUUGGCGUUCCUGUUGUUUUUGCCCUGCUGGCGUUCCUGAUCCUCUACGUUCGUCGGCGGCGCCGACAUCGCAUCAAUCAAAUGCAAGCCGAUCUACUCCCUACUCGAGGCUUGGUCUGCAAGGUCCAGUCUGAGCUGCCCAUGGUCGAGACUCCAAAUGCUCGGGUUUCUUCUGUCAUGCCCCGAUCUGCCGAUGGUCCGAAGUACGAGCCCGUUCGUGUGCCUUUCAUUGGGCCAAGGGCUGGUCUGUCCGACGACGACUUCGAGGAUCGUGAGAACGAUCAUGGUCAUGCGGUCAGCUCUCCCACGAUCGUCCGCCCACCGGUCAUUCCUCGGAAACCCAUCAACAGCAUUGUUGCGCCAAUCGAGAGCAUCGAGGGCCCGAUCCAUGAUAUUGCAAUUGAUCAGCCUGGAGGCGAUCGCAGAAGUCGUGCUUCCCUGGGUAAGCUGGAUAUCCCUAGUCCGCCUAUCUUGGGCCACGCUAGGGUCUCGCCGGUCUCGCCGGUCUCGCCGGUCUCCUCGCGAGAUGAUGCAGAAAGUUCCGCGGGUCGCGGGAGGAGAGACGUUUCGCCAGGAGUGUGA